CGGCGGCGGCGGCUCGGGCGGGCGGGCGGCGGGCGCGCAGGGGGCGGCGGCGCCCGAGCGGACACGAGCCGGCCAGCAAGCAGCCGCGGCGGCGCCGCAGGACGAGCGCCCAGGGUUGGUCUGGGGUUCUAGAAGCUGGCACGAGCCCUCCUGGCCCUGCCUGACCUCCUGCCACCGCGUGGAAGAUGCCUGAGCAGAGCAACGACUACCGAGUGGUGGUGUUCGGGGCGGGCGGCGUGGGCAAGAGCUCGCUGGUGCUGCGCUUCGUGAAGGGCACCUUCCGGGACACCUACAUCCCCACCAUCGAGGACACCUACCGGCAGGUGAUCAGCUGCGACAAGAGCGUGUGCACGCUGCAGAUCACUGACACCACGGGCAGCCACCAGUUCCCGGCCAUGCAGCGGCUGUCCAUCUCCAAGGGCCACGCCUUCAUCCUGGUCUACUCCAUCACCAGCAAGCAGUCGCUGGAGGAGCUGGGGCCCAUCUACAAGCUCAUCGUGCAGAUCAAGGGCAGUGUCGAGGACAUCCCCGUCAUGCUGGUGGGCAACAAGUGCGACGAGACGCAGCGGGAGGUGGACACCCGCGAGGCGCAGGCCGUAGCCCAGGAGUGGAAGUGCGCCUUCAUGGAGACGUCGGCCAAGAUGAACUACAACGUCAAGGAGCUUUUCCAGGAGCUGCUCACGCUGGAGACUCGCCGGAACAUGAGCCUGAACAUCGAUGGCAAGCGCUCCAGCAAACAGAAGAGGACAGACCGCGUCAAGGGCAAAUGCGUCCUCAUGUGAGCCCAGAACGCCCGCCACCAGCCGGCCCCUGCCUCCCCCACCGACCCUGCUCC